AUGUGUGAUGAGUGCGGAUACAGAACAGCCUGCAGGUCUCACCUAUCCCGCCAUAUGAGCAGACAUGCAAGUGUGAAACCUUAUAAAUGUGAUAAAUGCGACUAUUCUGCCGCACUGAAACACGCUUUAACUGAACACAAGGCCAUACAUACUGGAGACAAACCCUACAUGUGUGGAGAGUGUGGGUACAGAACGUCUCGCAGGUCUGACCUAUCCCGACAUAUGACAACGCAUACAGGCGAGAAGCGUUACAAGUGUGACAAAUGCGACUAUUCUGUUACAGACAAAAGGCAUCUAAGGAAUCACUUGGAGAAACACACUUAG